AUGUCAACCGCUUUUGACGCUUUCGUAACUGUACACCAGUACCAAUUGGCCUCUAUUCCCGAAGAAUUAUGGCAGCCUCUCUUUAUGAAACUCGGCGAAGACUACUUGGACGCAGGUAAUUAUGCUGAACUUCAUCACGGUGAUCCCAUGGACGGCUAUUCUCUCCACGUCAAAGCCGAUAAAACCUUGAAAAAGCACAGUGACAUCUUUCUCAUUGAUCAUGCUUGGACCACUUCUCCCGAAGAAGCCAAGAAAGAGUUGCGUGCAAAUCUUACUUUGAUGGACCGUCUUGAGAAUUUAAUGGAUAUAGAACCUUUGGAAGCGCCUGUAGACUCGGAAGGCGAAGACUCUGAUGGAGAUGACGAACCCAGUGAAGAAUUGAUUGAACUCGUUGCUUCUCAGGCCAAUGUAUCUGUCAAGGAGGCUGAAAAGGCUCUUAGAGCUGAGAAUAAUGAACUGGUCAAUGCCAUUAUGCGUUUAACCAUGAGUGCUGAAGAUCAAGCUGAAUCUGACCGUUUAGAUGACUUGGUCAUGACCCAAAUCUUAUCUAGUGGUAAACCUCAAGAGAAGGAGGAAAAGGAAAAGGAAACUAGACGUGAGAGAAGAGAGGCUAGAGAAAAGGAAUGGUUGGAUCAACGCGUAGAUACCAUCUAUAACAGAAUGUGGUCUUAUAUUCAAACUUAUUCUUACUCCAUCCUUAAAACCGAUGGUCAACCCACUGCUCAAACUGCUUGGUAUAUCACUGACGAGGUAGGAUCUGCUAUCUGUCAUUCCUCUGACCCUAAUGUAGUCGUCUUGCCCUUUAUCUUUUCUCGUGGCUCCUCAGGUAUGAUCCCUUACAGUGUCUUUUUCCCCGUCAAGGAUAUUCCUGCUGGUGAAAUUAUCACCUGUGAUCUUGUGCCCAAGAAUCUCGAGCGCGACUCUGAUAAGCUCGCUUACCUAUUUGCCUUUGAAGACCGUGUUCUUUUGGACAGCGAGAUCCAGACCAAGCGUGAUCAAUUAACUAAGCUCUAUAGUGCUAGACAAGCAGAGUUAAAGAACAAGACAUUUACACCACCUGCAGGAAAAAUCUUGUCUUCCCAAGAAGCUUUAGAAGCCCUUAAAAAGGACGGCGAAAGCGUCUCCAAGAAGGACACUAUUACUGUCUGCACGGAUACUAGUUUUGUUCAACAAUUUUUGAAAUUGGACAAUGUCAAGUUUACCAAUAAUCCUGCUUCAGCUGAUAUCGUUUGGACCAGUCAGGAUUUCCAAGGUUGGGACUCUCUUGAACCCCAUCAAACUGUGAAUCAAUUUCCCAAUGAGAAAUGUAUUACAUUCAAGCACAACAUGGCUGAAUUAAUCCAAAAAACCUAUGGUGCUCCCGACUGGUAUAUGCCUACAUAUAACAUCAUGACCCAAUUAAGUGAAUUUGUUGGGGAUUAUCUUAAUACUGAAGAUGAACAAAAGACAAACCUUUGGAUUACUAAGCCUUGGAACAUGGCUCGUGGUUUGGGUCUUGAUAUCACUGGUAACCUCUCUGAAAUUAUCCGUCAACACGAUAAUCCUAUCCCCAAGAUCGCUCAACGUUACUUGUUAUCCCCUUGUCUUUAUAAGGGCAAGAAAUUCGAUUUACGUUACAUUGUACUUGUACGUCGUACAGACCCCCACUUGGUUGCAUGCGUUUACAAUAUGUUCUGGACCCGUUUGGCCAACAAGAAAUACAACUUGGAAGAUUUGAAUGAUUACGAGUGUCAAUUUACCGUGAUGAAUUACUCCAAGUAUGAAAUGACUCAGUUGGAUUACAAGAGCUUUAUUCAUAAUAUGGAAAAGGAACAUGAUAUCAAGUGGGACACUGUUCAGAAGGAUAUCAACAAUGCUAUGAAGAGUAAGUGUGCUUACAAAGAUGAUGGGAAGGAUUAA